GGUCACGUCGGUCUUCCGGGUAUCUCUGACAGAGCUUUCUGCGCCUCUUUUUGAGCGACUUUUUGGUCUUCCGCCUCCUGUCACCGCCUUUAAUCUCCUACACAUUUGCUGGCCCUGCCUUUUCUCGUGUCUCUCCUCCCCGGCCGCGGAGUCCGGGGUUUAGAACGUAAUCCGAUUCCGGAGCCGGGCCUAGCCAUUCUGCGGGCCACUACCUCUUUGACUCAGGCGAAAACUACGGCGGAGCGCGCGGGUCCGUAGCUGCUCCGGCCUUGGAGCUCCUGGGCGGGCAGUGCCGGUAGGCCCUGCCCCAAGGACACCUGUGGAAGAAUACAUGUUCACUUUUAGUGAACAAGAGCAUGUUCCCAAACUCAAUUUUGGGUCGUCCACCUUUCACGCCAAACCAUCAACAACAUAAUAACUUCUUUGCUCUGUCACCAACUCUUUAUUCACAUCAGCAGCUUAUAGAUGCCCACUUCAACUUUCAGAAUGUAGACUUGUCUAGAGCUGUGUCAUUACAGCCAUUGACAUAUGGAAAUGUGAGUCCAAUACAGACUUCAACUUCCCCAUUAUUUCGAGGAAGGAAGAGAUUAAGCGAUGAAAAAAACCUUCCUCUUGACGGUAAACGGCAACGUUUCCAUUCACCCCACCAAGAGCCAACUAUAGUUAACCACAUAGUGCCUUUAUCAGGUGAAAGAAGAUACUCAAUGCCGCCAUUGUUUCAUACAAACUACGUACCAGAUAUAGUCAGAUGUGUUCCACCUUUUCGAGAAAUAUCAAUUUUAGAACCUAGAGAAAUCACACUGCCUGAGGCCAAAGAUAAGUUGAGUCAGCAAAUACUGGAGUUAUUUGAAGCGUGUCAGCAGCAAGCAAGUGAUUUAAAGAAGAAAGAACUCUGUCGAACUCAGCUGCAGAGAGAAAUUCAGCUGUUAUUUCCACAAAGCAGACUUUUUUUGGUUGGGUCCUCUUUAAAUGGAUUUGGUACCCGGACCAGUGAUGGUGAUUUAUGUCUAGUUGUUAAAGAGGAACCAUGUUUUUUUCAGGUAAAUCAGAAGACUGAAGCGCGGCAUAUACUCACCUUAGUCCAUAAACACUUCUGUACUAGACUUUCUGGCUACAUUGAGAGACCUCAGCUGAUUCGAGCAAAAGUGCCAAUUGUGAAGUUCAGGGAUAAAGUCAGUUGUGUCGACUUUGAUUUGAAUGUAAACAAUAUUGUUGGAAUAAGAAACACAUUCCUUCUCAGAACUUAUGCAUACCUUGAAAAUCGAGUUCGUCCGUUAGUACUGGUGAUUAAGAAGUGGGCAAGUCACCAUGAGAUAAAUGAUGCCAGUCGCGGUACUUUAAGCAGCUAUAGUCUUGUAUUGAUGGUUUUGCACUAUUUACAAACCCUACCUGAACCCAUCCUUCCAUCCAUCCAAAAAAUUUACCCAAUGAAGAAGCUGAACAUGUGCAAAGCUAGCCCUCUUUGUCUUUUCAAGUUCAGUUCGUGUUGGAUGUCUAUCUUCUCCUCCCUCCUAGAUACACAUUACAAAAACAAAAUAAAACAAAACAAUUUAAAAUUGGAAUCUUUUAGUCCUACUAUACAGCUGCACCUUGUACAUCAAGUUCCAUGUGAUGUUCCUCCUUACCUCUCAAAGAAUGAAUCAAAUCUUGGGGACCUCUUACUGGGCUUUCUUAAAUAUUAUGCUACAGAAUUUGACUGGAACAGUCAAAUGAUUUCAGUUCGUGAAGCCAAAGCCAUUCCUAGGCCUGAUGGUAUUGAAUGGAGAAAUAAAUACAUCUGUGUAGAAGAACCUUUUGAUGGAACAAAUACAGCCAGAGCUGUACAUGAAAAGCAGAAAUUUGACAUGAUAAAGGAUCAAUUUUUAAAGUCAUGGCACAGAUUGAAAAACAAAAAAGAUUUGAACAGUAUACUACCUUUAAGAGCUGCUGUCCUGAAAAGAUGACUGGCCUCUCUAUUUCUUAAUGAAUUCUUCUGAGACAUAAAGAACAAUAGUAACACCAUAAAACAUUUUGUUUACCUCCAUUAUAGUUUCUUUUCAUUGUUCUGUCUUCAUGUUUUAUUUUUAAGAGGACAUACUUAUAUAAAGAUUGCAUAUUUUAUUAUGACAUUUCCUAAUAAAACCCUUUGAUUUAAAGAUGUAUUUUUGAAAAUGUUUACAUUGAUGAUUAGUAAUAUUAUGGCAUGAAUUUUCAGGCAAUCAGAUAAAAUAUUUUUUGGGGAAUUAUCUGAACAAAUAAAAGGUUUUUGAUAUAACUGCAAUUCAUUGUACCACAUGCUAAUACUGAAGAGAUUUGUGGAAUUUUGGAAAGUGUAAUACACAGUAGUUUGUUGCCUGUCUGUUCUAGUAAAGUGAAGAUUCAAGUCAGUUAUUCAGUUACUUGAAGCAAAAUGAAAUCUUUCAUUUCAAUGAAAUCACUGCAGAGGCAUGAAAUACUGGACAAUUGCCUUAAGUCUUCACUUGACUCACCAGAAUAGAGGCUUUGGGUGUGUCUGUAUUAGCAUUUCAUUAGUACCUCACAUGCUUUUGAUGUACUUUUGAGAUUGCUUUAAAUUUUUUGUAACAAAAGUACCUUUUGCACUGUAGUAAUGUGAGUUCUAACUCUGUAUUGUACAGCAGUUAGUUCAUUGUUUUAAAAAAUUAGUUCAGUGUAGACAUUUUAAAAAGAUUAAGUCUCCUGUGCUUUAUGGUAGUUUAGUGCAAUAAGCGCUUUAGCUUUACUUCCCAUUUUUAUGCUUUUAUUUUCCCUGUGACAUGAAGCAACAGAAACUUAAAGCUCAAAGUUGAGAUUAUAUCCUAUUGAUUGCAUCAGAUUUUUUUCUGUGUACAAUUGUAGGAUUGUAAUCUAAACUGGAAUUUUUAGGAAGUAAGCCUCUAUAAAAUGCUUUCGGGUAAGACAUAAAAUUAUUAUAAAUAAAAGCUUAAUGUUUGUAAAGAUAUCUUUUUUAGUGGUUCUUUUCCACAUGAAGAAUAGUGGUGGCUGCUGAAAAAAGCUACAGUGUUUAUUAAGGUCGUUUUGGGGUUAUGUAAAUAUUUGUAAAUUGGUCAGUGACUGUACAUUUAAAUAAGAAAAGUAAUCUUGGAAACAGUUUUAACUUUUUCAAAAGGACUAUGUACAACUUCUUUUAGACCUACUGUAGCACAGUUUGUACCUCUAAUGUAUUUGGGGUUUUUUUUUUUUUUUUGCAGGCCAAUUCAAAUGUUAAGACUUGCUUUCCUUUAACUUGUAAAAGGUGCAUAUUUUUAUUUUCUUCCUUAAGUUUAAAGUUUUGUAUUAUGUCAAAUG